CUGUGGUAGCGGACGACCGUGCUCGUGUCUCGCCCUCAGCAAUGCUUCGUAAACAAUCCGUAUCUUCAAAAACUUGCAGCUCCAUACGGGUAGGGUACUGAUGUUAACGUCCCGUCAUGCGAUCGGCGCGUGGGCAGAAGGAUAUCAGCCUGGGCAGACGCUUGCAGCAGACAACGCAUAACAACACACACACGCGCGCACACACAUUAGGAAAGGAGCCGAAACGGAAUACGAGAUCGAGGUGCAGCUGCCAGCGCCCCCAGUACCUAGGUCUACAAAACGGUCGGUUUAGGGAGGUGGGCUCGUCAACAGCGUCAUCCUCUGUAGAUCGACAUCCGUCUGCGACACGAGAGCAGAUUGUAAGGAUUCUCGGGUCUCAACGAUGCUCAAGAUGGGAGAAAAGCCCGAGACGACCCAAUCUCUCCUGGAGUUCAGCUUACCGCAGUGAGCAGUCUCAUGCUCGGAGUCUAUCAACUCUCAGAAAAGUCCGCUACUCAAUCUCUUACCAUCAAGCUUCGAAAGUGCUUGCCCCAAAAAGAAGAAAGAGGGGAUCGCCCGGGACACUCGGGCGUCGAAGACUCCAAGGACCCAGUGGUUGUAAUUCCCGGAAAUUGCCCAGAGACACAGCGUCCACCGGCCGGUUCUCGGAGAUUAGACGAAGCUGUGUGUGUGUGUGUGUUGACGCUGCUUGGCAUUAUCGACAACAGCUAGCCAUGCACGAGCACCGAUAUUCCAGUUAGCGAGUUCGGCAGUGUGAUUUCCGAGUUGCAAUCUCUUAUUAGUUGCAGAUGCGAGGGCUCCUUAGGAUCGCACUCGGCAUUAAUCUGAGCCUUUCGAUCCUCGACAGUUUCUACCCAUAUCGAGGCAGCUUGAGCUGGAGUCCACACGCGGGCCAACAUGCACGCAAGAAUGUGCAUAGCGAGUGUGCCUUUGCCGCACGUUGCAGCUGCCCAAA